CAGAGCAUAAAAAAAUAUCAGACUAAUUGUGAUUGACUUGUAAAAUGUUAAAAGCUUUAAAAGACUUCAAGGAGUUAAGUGUGCUCCUUCUCCUUCACUUGCUUUUCGCCACGCUAAUCGCGCAAAGCGAUUGUCUUGGAAUUCGAUUUGCUCGUCGAUAUAACCGUUUUACAGAAGGAGCAAGAAAAGUGUCAGGACUUGGGCGCUCGUUAGAUUCAAAGGAUUUGUGGUUCGAGCAGCGAUUGGAUAACUUCGCUCCCGAGGACACUCGCACGUGGCUGCAACGAUAUUAUGUGAACGAUCAAUACUAUCGCAAUGAUAGCCAGGCUCCAGUGUUCUUGAUGAUCGGCGGCGAGGGCGAGGCCUCCGAACAGUGGAUGGAUGAAGGGGCCUGGAUACAUUAUGCUAAGCACUUUGGAGCAUUGUGCAUACAGCUGGAGCAUCGCUACUAUGGCAAAAGUCAUCCAACGAGGGAUCUUUCCACCAGCAAUUUGGCAUAUCUGAGUUCAAAGCAGGCUUUGGCUGAUUUGUCUAAAUUUGUGAUUGCCAUGAAGGUCAAGUAUAAAUUAGCGGAUACCCAAAAGUGGAUUGCAUUUGGUGGCUCGUAUGCCGGUUCUUUGGCUGCCUGGGCACGAGAGAAGUAUCCCAAUUUAAUCUACGGUGCCAUUAGCUCGAGUGGUCCUCUCAUGGCCCAAGUAGACUUUGAGCAAUUCUAUAUGCUGGUUAAGGAGUCAUUGGGCAGCUAUAACCCGCACUGUGUGAAAGCUGUCAGAGACAGUUUCGUCAAACUCGAGAAUCAACUGAGAGACCAAAGCAAACUUAGCGACCUCGAUGCUCAGUUCAAAACUUGCACGCCUUUGAAAGACUCCAUUCAAAAUCCAUUGGACAUUACGAAUUUCUUUUAUAAGCUGGCUGAACACUUUGCCUCUGUUGUGCAGUACAACCCCAUGCUAAUCCCGAUCUCAGAAAUCUGCGAUUCUAUGGUGUAUAAUAGGAUUGAUACGCUGGUGACACGAUUGAGCAAAAUAAACAACCUUCUGCUGAAUGUAACGCAGACAACUUGUCUGGACUACAAGUAUGACAAGAUGAUAUCCGAUAUAAAGGACGUUUCCUGGGACUCGGCAAAUGCCAUUGAAGACUCACGCCAAUGGUAUUACCAAACUUGCACUGAAUUUGGCUUCUAUCAAACAUCCGCGAAAAAAUGAGAUCUAUUUAGCGAUCGCUUUGACGUUGACUUUUUCAUACGCCAAUGUAUGGAUGUGUUCUCCAAUCGCAUGGAUUCGAACUAUUUGGAUCAGGUUGUUGGCCGCACCAAUAAAUGUUAUGGUGCGCUCAAGCCAGAGACAACACAGGUUCUUUACGUGCAUGGCUCCAUUGAUCCGUGGCGUGCGUUGGGUCUGUAUGUCUCAGCAAACCCUUUGACGCCCACCAUUUAUA